AAUCUCUCUCGCUUUCUUCUCACUCCUUCCGCUCUUGCUCCCCUGCCGCCUCGCAAGGAGCGCCCUUUUUUUUUUUUCUUUCUUUUUUACGUUAUUCGUGCCUCGAAUGCUGAAAUCCCUAUCCCUGAUAACCGAGGUUGAGGAUUAUGAGAUCUCUAUCUUCUCCUCGCGUCAUGCCUCCUUUCAUCUGACUCGGCUCUUCCGGCGCUCUGGAUUGGUUUCGCCUCUGUUCUUUCGCUCUGUUGGGGGAAAAUAAUGGAUGCGGCUGAGGUUGAGGGGAAUCUAUUCAUUGCUGGUGAUGCAAAGGUCCAUGGAGGAAUGUUUAGAGUCCUACAUACAUUUGUUGGUAAGGUGUUGGAGAUCUUUCCAUUCAUAGAAGCAGCAAGACCCAGAAGUAAGUCUGGCAUACAGGCGCUAUGCUCAUUGCACGUUGCUCUUGACAAAGCCAAAAGCCUACUUCAGCAUUGCUCAGAAUGUAGCAAGCUUUACUUGGCAAUAACUGGAGACUCGAUUCUAAUAAAGUUUGGAAAGGCAAAAUGUGCACUUCAAGAAAGUCUUAGACGUGUUGAAGAAAUAGUUCCAGAACAUAUUAGUUGUCAGAUUAUUGAAAUUGUUGGUGUGAUGGAGGACAUCGUGUUUGAAAUGGAUCAGUUGGAGAAGCAGGCAGGUGAUGAAGUAAUCUCAUUGCUUCAGAAAGACAGUAAAUUUAAUAAUAACUUGAGCGAUAGUGAUGAGCUUGAAGUUUUCCACCAAGCUGCACUAAGGCUGGGGAUUACUUCUUCCCGAGCAGCACUGACUGAAAGAAGAGCUCUCAAAAAACUUAUGGAAAGAGCUCGUGCUCAGGAUGACAAACGGAAGGAAUCAAUAGUAUCUUACUUAUAUCAUCUCAUGAGAAAGUAUUCGAAGCUUUUCAGAAGUGAGUACACAGAUGAUACUGAUUCUCAGGGAUCAACUCCACGCUCUUCUUCCAUUCUAGGGUUUGAAGAGGUGUCCAGUCCACAUAGGAACAGUCACACGUUUGAGAGACAACUAUCUAAGCUACGCUCUCUCAAUUUCAAACAAAAUGGAAGAAAAUCAGGGAAUAUGCCAAUCCCUCCUGAAGAAUUCAUAUGCCCCAUCUCCUUGCAGCUCAUGUUUGAUCCUGUCAUUAUUUCAUCUGGACAGACCUAUGAACGUUUCUGCAUUGAGAAAUGGUUUAAUGAUGGGCACAGUACAUGUCCGAAAACUCAGCAGCAGCUAUCCCAUCUGUGCUUAACUCCAAAUUAUUGUGUUAAAGGGCUGAUUGCUAAUUGGUGCGAACAGAAUGGGUUUCCCAUUCCAACCGGCCCACCAGAGUCCCUUGAUGCCAACUAUUGGAGGUUGGCUUUCUCACAAUGCGAAGCCAUGGAUUCUAGUUCCUUUGGUUGUACAAACUCUUGCAAAUUGAAAUGUGUUAAGGUUGCUCCUUUGGAAGAGAAUCACAACCAUGAGGAGCUCAAUGAGACGGAUGUUGAAACUUUAAGUAACUACUACAAUGAACAUGUAGUAGAUGAGUUUGAAAGAUAUCGAAGCUUGCUGUCAGCACUCCAUGAGGUUAAAAGUGCACAUAAACAAUGUAGAGUAGUAGAGCAGAUAAGGUAUCUGCUGAAAGAGGAUGAAGAAGCAAGGAUCUUUCUGGGAGCUAAUGGGCUUGUGGAGGCACUUAUUCAGUUUUUAAGGAUGGCUCUCUUCAGUGGUGAUGGGAAGGCUCAAAAAGCUGGUGCCAUGGCCCUUUUCAACCUUGCAGUUAACAACAAUAGGAACAAGGAAAUGCUCAUAGCUGCUGGACUGUUACCAUUGCUGGAACAGAUGAUCUCAAUUUCAGAAAUGUUCGAAUGUGUAGCAGCCCUCUACCUGAACCUCUCCUGUCUCAAUGAGGCCAAGCCUCUUAUUGGCUUAAGCAAAGCUGUUCCUUUCCUGAUCCAGGUUCUACAAGCUGUCAACAACGAGGGUAGUUCCUGCAAGUACGAUGCUCUCUACACCCUGUACAACCUUUCCACACAUCCGCCCAACAUCCCUUUCCUUGUAUCAUCAGGUAUCAUUAACAGUCUCCAUCCUCUCCUUGGAUCACCUUCUGCGACUGAAGGCAUAAUGUGGACCGAGAAGGCCCUUGCCGUCUUGAUAAACUUAGCAUCAAGCCAGGCAGGAAGGAAAGAAAUCGUGUUGACCCCAGGUAUUUUUUGUGGUCUUGCGGGGGUCUUAGACUUUGGUGAGCCUGCAGAACAAGAUCAGGCUGUGUCUUGCCUAUUAAUUCUGUGCAGCAGUGACGAGCGAUGCAGUCAGAUGGUCCUGCAAGAGGGGGUGAUACCGUCACUUGUAUCGAUAUCGGUGAAUGGGACAACUAAAGGCAAGGAGAAGGCAGAGAGGUUGUUGAGGCUGUUCAGGGAACAGCGCCAGCGAGAGCCUUCUCCCCUGAAGCAGCAACCACAACAGGUAGAGAGUGACGGUGGUCAUCAGGUGACCAUGGAGUCCAAGACGAUUCAUAAAUCAAAAUCAAAGAAAUUUGGGCGGACAUUAAGUUUGAUAUGGAAGAACAAGAGUUUUUCGAUAUACCAAUGCUAGUGUUCUCUGUCACUGAGCAUGUAGAUUUGCAUCAGCAUUUCUCUUUACUUUCUUUGUCCAAAUCUCUUUACCUUUUCCCCAAGGGUAAUGUGGCAUUUUCCCCUUGCCUCCCUUAAUAGAAAGAUGUACAGGCCUUUUGUUAUCAUCUCCUGUUUCUUUUCUUCCUUUUACCAUGUUUUAACUCUUCACUUGUUCUGGUAGUAUACAGCUUCUUGUGAUUUCCGUUGUGACCUGCUAA